UGCAGUUUAUUCCUGGUGUAAAAGGAGUCGGACCAGGUGAGGCGUGCUUUGUGUGGUAUUUUAGUCUGCCUGGGAUGAAUGCAGACGUCCCCUUCUCUCUAAACUAUUCUCUUCAGAGCCGGCUGCCCCUUGCUGAGUUGGUCGCAAUCAUUGUUUCUCUGCAGCAUUAACCACAUUCCAGAGAGGCGCAGCGCAUCCUGUCUUCCUCCCCGCAUUCCUUUUACGCAAACGAGUCCCCUGCGUAAAACGCGAUUUUGUUCCCAUUUUCGUCCGCCUGGCGAACUCACACCCUCAUAUAAAGGUUAUCUGCGGUAUAUACGAUUAUCCGGACUACUUUGAUUCUUCACACGGAGGCAGGAAGAGAAAUCUAGAGGAAAAACCAGCAAGGGGAAAUUCCUCCGCGCAGCGCGCCAUUGACUGUAAAGAUCUUUCAACUUAACAAAAACUGAAGUUGACAAACGUAUCCCUGUCGGCUGAAACUGUGAGAAAGAGUUUGUUUUUUCGGCGGAGCGGGGAAAGCAGGAGCGAACGAUGCGGCUCUCGGUGCAGCUUUCUGGGUCCGUCGGUCGUUUUGUGUAAAUGAGCGACGGCUGUUCGGCGGCGUUUUGUUUUGAUUUCCAUGUGAAAUGCAAUUAGAGCUCCGUGGUGCUCGCUAGUUUGCUCUCGGAGCGGAGCACACUCUCAACUUGUUUCUCACCUCGGGAGCACAACAUGGAGCACUACCAGGAAGAUUUGGGACUCCGGGCCACUAAACUGAUGGAGGAUCUUUCCCUGUACGAUGCCUACAAAGACGGGAUGUACAGCGCCAGGAGAGACUUGGUGAUUAACCCCGAUUUAGACUUUUCGGCUCCGGCAGUGGCGGAGCACAAAACUAAGCCGAUGAAUGGUACCUCUGUGCUCCACCAGCAGCAUCACACUGUGGAGAAUUUCACUGCGGGGAAUAAAGUGUACAACGCGGCUCCGGUGCGCCCCGUCAACUGCAACCGGACCGUUCCGGUGGAUUUCUGCGCCCCUCAGAGAGACGCGGUGUACAGUGAGGAGGGCUGCUGCACCAAAUCCGAGGUGGCGCUGCCCUGCUACACGGGCGCGUCCGAACGGCACCGGAGGUACUCUCUGGAGGUGCAGGGCCACAGGUACAGCACCGGAUCCACCUUCGACGGCGUGCCGCUCAACAAGCCGGUGGCUCUGCCCAGCAACAGGUGCAACAGCGUCUGCAUCACAAGCAGCCACGACGGGAGAUACAAUGCCACCAGCCCCAGGUCCAGCCUGGCGUCCUCUCUGUCCUCCCAGGAGCAGAGCAAGCAUGCCAGCCCCAGGUCCAGCAUCAGCAGCCCGCGUACCAGUCUGGUGGUACCGGGGCAGGACAGGUACACGAGCCCCAGGUCUAGUUUGGUUCACUGUGAAGGCAGCAGUGUCCUCAGUCCCAGAUCCAGCUAUGCAAGCACCGCCAGCGACACCAGUAAACACUCUAGCCCCCGGGCCAGCCUCAACAGCUGCGACUGCUGCAGCAAACCCAGCAGCAACCGCACCAGCGGCAUCAGCAUGGGCUACGACCAGAGGCACACCAGUCCCAGGUCCAGCACGGCCAGCCAGUACUCGUUCACCACCAGCCCUCGAUCCAGCUACUCAGACUCCCGGUACGGGCCCGUGGUCAACCACGACCUGGAGGGGGCCAUCCUGCACGCAGCGCCGCUGGCCAGCCCCCGCUCCAGCAUCUGCAGCCAGGACGGGAGCGCACGACCGGGGACCAGCGCCAACUGCGUGGUCAGUCCGCGGUCCAGCAUCUCCAGUCACAGCUCCAGAAGUUCCCGCAGCUCCCGGGGGUCUAUGAGCACCUACCCGGACCUGCAGCUGCCCUCACCCCGGUCGUCCAUGCUGGGCAGCAGCCUACACGAGGACACGCUGUUGCAGGAGUUUGGAGACUCCAACGGGAUCCAGACUCGCCUCCAUCUCCAGGGGCUGUCUGCGGUGCCCGAACCCCAGCAGCAGGCAGCACAGACGGCAGGGACAGCGGAGAUAACCGUGGGGUCACCAUCGUCGUUCAGUUAUGGGAUGUCUUCUAAAACGGCCUCUUCAAGCCAGAGGUUUAAGCUUCCUUACCAGGUGACCCCCAGCCGGGAGAGCGGGCCGAGCCAGGCUGAGAAAAGGCUGGAGGCGCUCACCUUGGAGCUGGAAAAGGAGUUAGAGAUGCACAUGAAAAAGGAAUACUUUGGUAUCUGUGUCAAAUGUGGGAAAGGUGUGUACGGAGCCAGCCAGGCCUGCCAGGCCAUGGGGAACCUGUACCACACAAACUGCUUCACCUGCUGCUCCUGUGGGAGGAGGCUGCGAGGGAAAGCGUUCUACAACGUCAACGGGAAGGUCUAUUGUGAGGAGGAUUUCCUGUACUCUGGUUUCCAGCAGACGGCUGAGAAGUGCUUUGUGUGUGGUCACCUCAUCAUGGAGAUGAUCCUCCAGGCGCUCGGCAAGUCCUACCAUCCAGGCUGUUUCCGCUGCGUGGUGUGCAAAGAGGCGCUGGACGGAGUGCCUUUCACAGUGGACGUUGAAAACAACAUCUACUGUGUCAAAGACUACCACACGGUUUUUGCUCCCAAGUGUGCCUCAUGCAACCAGCCCAUCCUUCCAGCCCAGGGCUCUGAGGAGACCAUCCGGGUUGUUUCGAUGGACAAGGACUACCAUGUCGAGUGUUACCACUGUGAGGACUGCGAUCUCCAGUUAAACGACGAAGAGGGCCACCGCUGUUAUCCACUGGAAGGCCACCUGCUCUGCCACGGCUGCCACAUCCACCGGCUCCAGUCGCAGGUUCCCGCCCACCCGCCCCCCAGCUACCCCCUCCAUGUCACCGAACUGUGAGGGAGGGAGCACCGAGCUCCGCCUCCCAGGUGAUCCGGGACACCAGCAGCGGGCGACAGUAAAAAACAAAAAAAAAAAAAAAAAAGGCCUGCACCACCUCCAGCAGUUCCAGGAAAGCCUCUGUGUGGCCCUCUGAGCUACUGCCGCUGUCCUCAGCUGGACAGCCCCACUGAGGACUUGCACACACACUGCAGCUCCCACCACAGGCCCUGCUGUCGCAUGGCAGGGCUGGGAAAAAGGGCCCCCCUCUUCCUCCAUCUGUGGUCCUUUCCUUCCCCCCUCUCCUUCCCUGUGGGUGCCUAACCCUUAAAGCCAACACGCCAGCUCACCCAGAGGCCCCCAGUGACGUCACACCCCCUGACCCCUGCACAGUCAUCAAAGGGGGGGGUUUUGGAUCCGAGGAGGGGGCGCAAACUCGUCUCUUUCCUUCGCUUCCCUCCCCGCUUUUCCGUGUUUUUCAUUCCUGUGCUCUGACUGAAGUGGUUUACCGCGGUGAAUUCGCCAGUGCUGUCACGUCUGAGAACGCUGCUGAUGUCGGGAAGGGCCGGGGAACGAGCCGCUGCAUUCCAGUGCUGGCUGGAGUGGACAGGCCCCAGGGUGGGCAUGCCGUGCCUUCAGAGCGGGCGCUAUCCAAGCAGCUUCUAACAACUGCAAUGGAGCCGUGCGAAAGGCUAUGCAAAGGACACCCAGCAUCACGACACAGGGCUGAGAGCAAAAACGGUCGACUCAUCACUCGCCGCCCUGCACCACCCCGACAGAACAGAUGCACCGUAGCAGCACAAGCCCAGAGGACCGACUGACGUUCCACUUAGAAGUCCAAGACGACACCUCGAGAGAUUCACAAGCAGUGUCUUAAUUAAUGAUUAUAUUAUGACGGAAAAUUUUAGAUGCACAUAGAUUGUCUUUUAUAUAUGAAUAUAUAUUUUGCAGAUGUUUUCCACAUAAGAUCCUAGAAGUAGAUUUUUUUUUUUUUCCAUGUUGCUGCGCUCAUGAUAGAAUCAGAGGUGGAAUUGUCUGUCAUGCAGUCUGAAGCCUCUGCAGCUUUUGGGUCUGUUGUAUCAUUUCUCCUCCAGGACACAGAGCCUCUUCACGUCUGUCAGCGGCUCAGAGAUCCACAGGAUUUGUAAGAGCAGACCGAGCUCCAACCGUAUUUGCCUUCAGCUGUUUUAUCCCACUUUGAGUACAUAGUGACUGUUGCUGAAGUCUUUUUUUCACAGAACAUCCCCUAAACAUAUUUCAGAGGUUCUCAGACUUACCGCGCAAACGGCCAAAUCUGAUUUUUAUCACGGUCAGAAAUGUUUGAUAAAAACAAAUAACAGUAAAUGAAUUCUGCUAUAGGUUUGGAGCUCACAUAUUUAUGUGAAAGCCACUUAAGAUGCAGUACAUUCAAAGCCAGUGUGAGAAAUGGUACCGUUUCCCUGCAUCAGUGUUACCGCUGAGCUCUUACACAACAUUAUACUGUAAACGUCUUCUGUGAUCGGGUCAGCAGGAGACCGAGGCACACAUGGCUCAGACAUUCAGUCCAUAAUUAUUUCUGACUCAGACGUACUCUUACAUUGACGUUAUUUGUAGAAAUUGUGCACCGUGUCUCCAGCAGUUGACGUUGCCGUGACAACAGUAUCAAAAACGGGAAAAAAAACCUCCUUAAAGCUAUGUUAAUCUGGUGACAGGUCCACUGUGACUUAUGUACAGCUAAACUUUAUACUCAGCAUUGCUAACGAUUUAUUGAUUAAUAGAAAGUUGACCUCAAAAUAGAAAACGUUUGUAACAUUAUAUUCAAACUUCCAGGAAGGCGGGGACGUACACCAGGGAUCUUCUAGCUGUAAGGCAGAAGUUCUAACCACCAAGCCGCUGUGCAGCCUAUCUCACGUUAUCACUCUGUUUCAAACAUACUGACUGAAUAUGUUAACUCUCUGAACCCCAAGCAGUUUCUGGGCACAUUUUUACUCACCAUGUUCCCACUGUUUACUGCUAUAUAAAGUCCUGCACCUCAAGAAUGUCUUUUGUGAAGUAUAACAAAGUUAAAAUGCUGCUAUAUCGUAAGAAAGUGAGCUAAAAUAGAUUUUUUUUCGGGAUUAUUUAACACAUUUUUAAAAACCGGAAUCCGCACAUGCAUCGUUCUCACAGGUUUUUUGGUGACUACCUGCUAUAGCUAUUUUAGUAAUUUUUGUGUAAUUUUCGUACUUGUCACCUAUUUGCUUGGUGUACACACAACCUGCAGUUCAGCUGAAAAGUCUUUGAAUUUUUGUCACCAGACUCUUGCUCACAGCUGAGUAUUUGAUAACUUCACAGUUGCAUCAGGGAGCACAAAUUUUUUACAGAAUCUAUUUUGGGCUCAUUUUUAAACGAGGCACGUAGAAUAAUGUGAUUUUGAUGAAGUGACACAAUUUUAUGUUUAGACUUUGUGAAGUUUGGCAAUUCUUCCUGUUGGUGCAGUUUCUGGCUUUUAUAAAUUUAGUCAUUUGGGCUUUUUUUUCUUAGGAUAACGUGGCUUUCAAACCUGCUGGCGGGUUUUUGGGUUUAGAGGGGUCACCGUCCCUGAACACAGACUUUAAUGUUGCACAUCUAAAAGCUCUGUAUAGUAACUUUAUGUUAUGGAGAAUUCAUGCAAAAUAUAACAGCUGCAGUUUUCUUAAACCCUUCAAAUCUGACCCUCUGUCAUCACAUCAUAAGGUAUUACAACUGGCACGUGGUUAAGUAAAAUUAAAAUCUAACAUCUUAAGUAACAGAUGAGCAAAAAUAAAUAAAGUCCCCAAAAACAAUGAGUUUUGUGCUUUUGGUAGAAAACUGAAAGACACUCAGCCAUCACUAUAGAUGGGAAAAUGUAAACUGUCACUCUGAGAAUAAAUCACUGUCAGCAAGAAAAGUUUCCCAAAAUGAAGUAUUAAUGAGCUCUGUGGCUUAAAUUAGAUUUUUAAAAAAAAAAAGCAUUUUAAAACAAUGGAACUCGAGAAGUUUUGGCUGAUUAUGUCACAUUUUGCAAGCUGUUGUACUGGAGAGAGUUUUUUUGGCAGCCAGUUGUCAUACAGACAUGCAUAUAAAAUUAUGACUUUAAUGAGUUUUUUUCAUUUUGUUUUUUUUACCAGGAAGUGGUGACAUUCCUUCUAAAGAGAGACAGAUGUACAAGACCUCCGGCGAAAUUAAAACUAAGUGUCCCACACUGACAUUUACCUGCUACUAGGGUGCUCAAAGUGGAAUAAAGCUAUUAUGCUGAUCUGCAAAUACCUUUUGUUGAAGGUCUGUUCAGGACACUGUUUCCUGGUAUGUUCUCCACACACUGGUUUUUUUUUUUUGUCAUGAGCACGCAGUGCGUUACUAUGAGGACACUCGGCUUGUCCACAUGCCUUAAGACACAGCAGGUAUGUUUGUGUGUGUCGCUCUUGUCUGCCAUGAAGUCUGCUGUUUCAGGAGGACGUCUCUGAAAACACGGAGCUGCUGGUCCCACACGUGUUUUUCAGGGAGCUGCCCCCCCUUUGCUGAGUGUGUGUGUGUGUGUGUGUGUGUGUGUGUGUGUGUGUGUGUGUGUGUGUGUGUGUGUGUGUGUGUGUGUGUGUGUGUGUGUGUGUGUGUGUGUGUGUGUGUGCGCGCGCGCACGUGUGCGUGUGUGUGUGUGUGUGCGCGCGCGCGCGUGUGCGUGUGCGUGCUGGCAGGCACUUGCGUGUGUGAGUCCUGUGUGUGCAUAAGUGUAUAUAUGCAAAAGAAAAUCUACAAAAACACUUGAAACGUCAAGCGUGAUGGUGCUGGAAAACUCUUCUCACCAUUCCCCAAUGGACUCUGCUGUCAGUGAGUUUAAUUGGAUUGGCACUAAACAGAUCAUUCCCUGUGAACACAAACCCACAGUUCAAGUUAUUGUGUUUUGGAGAAAAGCUCUUAACUCCGAGCUUGUGCAUAUUUGUGCAGAUGAACCCCAACGACACGUGCUUAUUUCAAAUAUGAGCAAGUUGUGUGAAGGUCUGAGUGCUUGUGUGUGUGUGUGCGUGUGUGUGUGUGUGUGUGUGCGUGCGAGAGAGAGUGUGUGUCCUAGUGGCAGGGCCAUGACACAUGCACCUCACUGUGUUUGCCGGGCAGCGCAGCAUCCAACACAGUGACCCCUGCUCUCUCUGUUAAAGCCCACUGAUGACUCUGACGAUGCUGUCUGUCCAUCGCAUACCUUACACCAGAUGUUUUGCUCUAAUUCUUGGUGAUUGUAUGAACAUCUCUCUGGCACCAUGUUGGAUUUGGAGCAUGUGGGUUUACACAUGUGCCAGCGCAGCAAGCUUUGACUGUAGCAAACUCCACCUAUGUGGUAUACAACCUGAAACAGUCACCAUCUAUUACUAGCAAACACUGGCCCAGCUCUUAUUCAUACUGUAAUACUGUAACCCACACAGGUCUGAGUAAAUACUACUGAAUGUGACAAAAACAGACUGAAGGCAGGGGUCACCACAGGCAGAAAGUGCUUUUUAAUGUAUCCUGAUGUAAUGAGAUUCAUUUGAAUGUAAUAAUGAUUUGUAAAAGCAGAAAAGAAAAGGACUGCAUACUGUACACGAGACAUUCCCCUUGUCGUGUGACGCGUUUCACCUCAGCUUUGUACAAGGGUCCAGUAAUGUGUGCUAUACUUGAAGAAUGAGGCACUCUCUGAAUUUGUCUGCACAAUGUCAACCCCCGAGAGAAACUGAACAAGAGCAGAGUGUGCGCCCUUUAAAGAUGUCUUAAUUCACUUGUUUAAAAGUACUACUUCGGUUUCUAUUGCAUAGCACACAGCUAGUUACCCUGUACAUAAAGAGGCUAGUUUUUUUAAUUUUAUUUUUCUGUCAAAAAUCACUUGGAAAGAGAAGAUGACUUCUUCUUGGUCUCCUCCUCCUACUGGUAGUUCCAAUAAGCACAUCUUGACACCUGUCACACAUCUUUUAUAUCGCUAAGUGUUUUGAUUACCUAGAUGGUUCAUUUAAAAAAAAAAAAGGAAACUAGAUCUAUUUAUCUAAACAUGAAAAAAGUCUAAAGUUAUUUAAUGUAUUAAAAUCGGGACGUAUCAUUUAACUGUAGAUGACAUAAUCUGCUUUUUCAAUAAAGUGGUUUUGUAGCUAACUGCAA